GUCGUUGCGAAGCAUCACAGCUUUCCAAGACGGUGGAAAAAAGUGUGCAAUUAUAAAUGUCAUCCGUCUAUAUCUCCCUGACGUGUUGAACUCCCUCAGAACACAUUUGGUUGUAGAUCACAGUCUGAUGAGAAGUCGAGAGAAGCAUUUUAAUGUUUGCUGAAAUGACACCAGGUUCAAACCACAUGCUGUCAGGCUCAAGGAAAGGGUUUGAAAGGAAUCGGUGUGCACUGUAUGGGCAGCAGAAACCCAGAUCUGAAAAGAUCUUUUCAGGGUCAAGGACAAAGGAUCGGAGUAGUCCAAAAUCGCCCUUCUUUAGGACUUGUCCCAAGUUUUGCUUCAAGGACCGUGCGAGGAUGGAGCCAAGAGAACCAAACUCUCAUGCUGAACAGACGGAGGGAAAACUAAGGGAACUGGCAUCAAAGUGGUUCAUAGAGACUCAAGUGCCACUCAUCGUCCACAAUGGCUUCUUCCCCACUUGGUUCCUGGGCUUCAUCACCAGAAAGGAUGCUGAAGAAAUACUCAGAUUAAAGGAGCAGGGCUGUUUCCUGGUCCGUCUCAGCAAAAAGGCCAUCGGGUACAUAUUGUCCUAUAAAGGCAAGGAUCGGUUUCGACACUUUGUGAUAAACCAAAGUGAGAAAGGGCAGUUUGUAGUUUGCGGAGACUGUGAAGCACAUGACACGAUGCCCGAUCUAAUACAAUACUACAAGUCAAGCCCCAUCGAGCCGUUUGGAGAAUAUCUGACAUCUUCAUGCUUUGAUGUAGUGAACGAAGAGCUGUAUGAUGUCAUCCAGAUCAACCCGAAUGAAAAACCUGUGGCUAAUGUCAGAGCUGUUAAUGUACUGAAACAACAGACUAACUCGGCCUCAGAGCAGCAACGUACACAGCCACAAAAGAGCAGCAGGUCACUAGAGGAAGUGCCACCUUUGCCUAGGAGCAGGCACGUUGAUAGCGGUCACGUGCCUGACCAGGACGGGGUUGUGUACGCUCAGCUCAGGAAGCAAACACCAUGGGAGAUACCAAGAUCCCAAGAUCACACCGUACACAGCCAUCUACCUGGAGCUAGUCCAGGGUGGGUCGAGGGAUCCACAGCCCAGCAUCAGACUGUCAGUCAGUGUUGUCCUCCGGGCUCCGUUUACUAUAAGCUCAGCCUGCUAGAGAGCAGCAAGAGAAGGUCCCUACCGCUCCCAGACAACAGCUCUGAUGGGGAGCACUAUCACAAGCUGAGUGCACCCCCACACACCCCACCCAGACUUUCCCCCACGCCCAUCAGACAAGUUCCACGGAUGGAGAAGACCGACUCAUGCAGCUCACCAGGCAGUCGGGACCACUUGGGCGACAGUGCCGUCUAUCACCUGGCUGGCAAACAUGGCAUCCCACACACUGCACCGUCUGGGACUAGUUCAGGGACAUUAGUGAAGCAUAGUGAUUCAGUGUAUGCUGAGGUUUCCAGUGAGGCGCCUUUUAGUCGCCUCUCUCGAGGCAACACAUAUGAGCUGAUUCCUGGGCGCGAGGACUCAGUUCAUCUUAAGCCCAAGAGCAACACUUACGAGCUUCUGGAGGACGUCAGACCCAAGAGUGACAAAUGGAAAUGGCUCUUCCCCGAGGCGAAGAGGAAAUGAUGAAGAGGUUAACUUAACCAGCAACUGGAGGAAAUGUUUCCAAAUUAAAAUCUGACACUAUUGUGGUACUACUACACACUCUGUGACAACCUAUUUUAUUCAUUCAACAUAAAUGAUUAUAUGUUCAUAGAUACUCAUUCUCUGUAUUUUUUUAUUUUUAAUGUAUUUAUUUAAAAAUGAUGAUGCCUUUACAUUUUCCAGAUGUAAGACAAUGUGCUAAAUAAAACACGUUACAUACAGACAUUU